CCGCAGCUCACUAAUGGUGUUCACUUCCUGUUAGCUCGGGCAAGAUAGCGGACGAGCGGUCGAAGAAAUUACUGAUGUAUUUUUGAACAAAUCCUCUCAAAAUUCUUCGGGAACGUGCUAUUCUGGAGCGUGCCAGGUCCAUAUUUAGGAGACAAUGAUCCGCUUCAUCCUCAUCCAGAACCGAGCAGGGAAGACACGACUGGCCAAAUGGUACAUGCAGUUCGAUGAUGAUGAGAAGCAGAAGUUGAUCGAGGAGGUGCAUGCUGUGGUAACAGUCAGAGAUGCCAAACACACCAAUUUUGUGGAGUUCAGGAACUUCAAGAUCAUUUACCGGCGUUAUGCUGGUCUAUACUUCUGUAUUUGUGUGGAUGUGACUGAUAACAACUUGGCAUACCUCGAGGGGAUCCACAACUUUGUAGAGGUGCUGAAUGAGUAUUUCCACAAUGUGUGUGAAUUGGACCUUGUGUUCAACUUCUAUAAGGUGUACACGGUGGUGGACGAGAUGUUCCUGGCUGGAGAGAUCAGGGAGACCAGUCAGACCAAGGUCCUCAAGCAGCUCCUCAUGCUCCAGUCGCUUGAGUAGAAAACAUCCUACCUGCCCAUUGCCCUCGUUCCUCACCUCCCCCACUCCUUGUCCUGUCACUCUGGAAAUCCCUUUCCUGUCUCGGCAGAGCAGACCCCCCCACACCCUUUGCAAAACAGGAGGAGGGGAUUCUAGAACUAGAAAUGCAUAAUGUUGUGUUCAUAUGGACUUAUGAUGGGGAGCUUCUGUUUGUCCAGCACCAGUCUAUAUGUCGCAAUAUUCUGCAUUUCCUAUACUUCCAACAUCUGCCAGUAUUUGAAGGCUGUGCAUUUGAGUGUUUAACAUUUCAUCAUGUUAACACUUAACACUAAUGGUCAGUUUCACUUCUCCAAAGCCAAGGGCUUCAGAAAUGAGUCAUUUCAUUCAGUAACCAAUUAGUCCUUGCAUUUAUCACUGCGCCGUGUGGAAACACGGCUCUCUCCUGCCCUCCCUUCAUUAGCCUCAACCUACAUUUAAUGGCACCAUUGUAACUAACAAGCACCAUGCCUCAAGAGCGACUACGUGCAAAAGCCCAUUUUAAUAAAUCCCUGUGCAGAAAGUCCUUGCCAGUGAUGCGGCGCUUGACCUGUCGAGCCUGUAGCUCAGUUUGCGUCUGGGUCAAAGUACACGUAAACUACAACUAGGAAGCCCUUUGAGAACAAUUGACCCGUCACAGCGAGUUCAGAAUUGAAUCGAGUGUACUUGGCAUGAGGGCCAUUCUGACGGUGUCAUGGGAACCUGUGGUAACAUCCACGUGGCUGACGAUGAUAAACGCUGUAGGUUAUGUAGGCUCUCCAUGUUGUAAUUGUUUUCAUUGCGUAUCGAAUGAUCUAGAUGACUUUUGUUGCAACACAUUACAUAAAAUGGUGCUUGUUGGUCACACAACACACACGGGAAUAAAAACCUGGACGUAGAAAGUAUAUUUUACACAAAGCAGUACUGUGUCGUAUGGUGUGUACAUACAGUGUAUCUUGUGUAUGUUGAAUAUUGUGAAAGUAACAAAGCAUUCCAAGUUUUUUUGUCACUGUAUUGUCUGAGGAGCAUUUACGUGUGUAAGAUCCAUGAAAUGAAUUGGCUUUUAAAUUCCUCCUACAAGCCUCAUGACAAAUGAACUUUCCCUUUCCUCACCUUUAAGGUUUAUAAAAUGACUCAAAUUUGACCUUAUUCUCCAAACCAAAGGUGGUUUCAAAUGUUACUGUUGAACUUUUGUAUUUUUUUUUUUUUAAGAUUAGGCAAUUGUGAAAUAUGUACUGCUUCCCCUUUUGUCCACCUGUGUGAGAUUGUUGAUGGAAGAUGUUUCUUUGUAUUACGGUCUCCAAUUUAACUACCCACAUCAAUACGUCCCAUUAUAUGUAAAUAAAAAGAUGAAGUGAUACAUGA